UUCCACGCGAUACUUUCCGGUACUUCCUGGAUGAAAGCAGGGGGAUACGCCGAGCUGCAAGUCGUCCAACAUGGCUGGCCAGGAAGAUCCAGUGCAAAGAGAGAUUCACCAAGACUGGGCGAAUCGAGAGUACAUAGAAGUAAUUACGAGCAGCAUCAAGAAGAUCGCCGACUUUCUUAACUCGUUUGAUAUGUCGUGUCGAUCCCGUUUGGCCACCCUGAACGAGAAGCUGACAGCGCUGGAGAGGAGGAUUGAAUAUAUUGAGGCAAGGGUGACAAAAGGAGAAACCCUGACCUAGAACUGACCAUGGAAAUUCAUAACAUCUCCAACCUACCUGCCCAUCCCUCACCCUCAAUUUUUGGACUAAGUGUGAUGGACUCCACCCUCCUAUUUUGGGACCAUGUGGACCGUUUCUUCUUUUUGUUCUUCUUCUUCUUUUAAUAUAUAUCUUAUGGCUGGGCUUUGUAUUGUUUUAUCUCAUGAUGCAUUUGUACAGAAGACGUGUGUCUGACUUGGCUGCCAUUGCCUCGAGCAUCAUUAAUAUAUAUUACAAAACUAAGCUCCAUAAGUAUUGGUUUCAAAAAUAAGCUGGAGCUCAGUUGUGAAUUAUACAUUUUGUAUCACUGCAGUUUGACCAUCUGUGUUGUGUCCAAAUGAAAGAUGUAUCAAAAGAGAAACAUUUGUCUGUGCCAAGUUGAACAAUUAUUGCAUAGUUACACUGAUUAAGGGCCUCGUUGUACAGUAUUUGGUGAUGUUUCAGAAUUUAAAUACUGUAAUAAAUUACCUUAAAUCACAUUGUAGCUGAACUUACUCAACUUUAGUCACCAAUUAUGUUGCUAUGUUGACAGUGAGUCCAGUUAUAACUAUUCAGAGUAAUCAGACCGACAGGCGCACAACGUGUAAGCAAACCAGUGCUGUAUACAGCUUAUUAAAUAGGUCAGAGUGCUGUUGUAUGCAGGUUUUGGUACACUUAGUAGAAUCCAUUGCAGAUGGCGUUAAUGUUGAACAAAUGUUUUAUGACUAAUAAAU